UAACGGACGAGCAUCAACUUCCAUCGCUUCGCACAAAUUGUCCAGCUUCAAUCACAGGUCUGCUGCGCUAAAGUUUUGCACCAAUUUUGUAAGCAUGGCUUCGUCAGCGGUGCCUAGCCCGAUCACCCCUCCCUUCGACCAGAUCACACACAACAUCACCGGCAACGUCACGACCGGCAAUGGCACGUCUGCUGUGCCGGAGUGGGACCUUCACUUUUACGCCAGCCUCUUCACCAUAGAGGCUAAACUCAUCUUCAGCGCCUUGGCCACCAUCUACAUUGGCGCCCAUGGCUCCCUUCGUCGUCCUCCCUCGGCCGCCCCUGCAAAACGUAAGGACGGGGAACGUGAGCGCAAGGAGGAUGAACCCAUCACUGAGGGUCUCCUGCCGACCGACGCCAUCCUCUUCCCACUCCUCGCCGGUGCCAUGUUGAUCGGUCUCUACUACCUCAUCCAAUGGCUACAGGACCCGGCGAUUCUCAACAAGAUCCUGAGGGUGUAUAUGUCCGUGAUGGGCGUUGCUAGCUUGUCCACCUUGAUCGCGCACUCGCUGCAGGUCGCCGUGGGUUUCGUGUUUCCCAAUUAUUUCCGACACAAUGGCUCGCUGUACCGUGUCGAUGACGAUGACGAAUCUUUCAUCCAGUUCACGGGAGAGGAGACGGACCGGAACAACGCACAGUUUCUCCAGAAGAGCAAUCCGUUGCCGUUCGCUCUCCGCUCCCUCAUCCCGUUCAAUAGAAUCAAUGUCAAUCGAUUCCUCUGGGAUCUACGCCAUGUCUUGACUGACGAGUGGACAGUCAAGGCCAAGGUCCACGGUCUCUUCCGAGAAAAGUUUCACAUCUCCGCCCUCCAUGUCACCGGCUUCAACUUGGCUGCCACGGCUGUCUUUGCCUACUUCAUGUCUGGGUCGCCUUUCCUCUCCAACUUGAUGGGCUAUGGCUUCUGCUACGGAUCAUUCCUGAUCAUGUCGCCGACGACCUUCGCUACCGGCAGCCUAGUGCUGAUGGGGCUGUUCUUUUACGAUAUUGUCAUGGUCUUCUACACGCCUUACAUGAUCACCGUCGCCACCAAACUUGACGUUCCCAUUAAGCUCCAAUUCCAGUCUGCGGCUAGAUCCAGCAUUCUCGGCCUCGGAGACAUCGUUGUCCCCGGCAUCGUCAUGUGCCUCGCCCUCCGUUUCGACAUGUGGCGGCACUACCAGCAACAAAUCAAGUACGUUCCGACCGACUUGAAGUCUGACCAGCAUGACGCCCAUUCAGGAGAUGUCGUCACUGUUAGUGAGACCCAGCACAUGGCCCAGAAGGCCACCUACCUCGAUAUUACCGGAUGUUGGGGAGAUUGGUUCUGGUCUUCUUCGUGGCUGGGCCUGCUCAAGGGCGGACAAGAGAUGCCCCCCCCGACUGUGCGAGGAUCAACCUUCCGCAAGACCUACUUCAACGCUUCCUUGAUCGGUUAUACACUGGGAAUGCUGGUUACCCUUUCUAUGCUGACCAUCUUCAAGCAUGGCCAGCCCGCGCUGUUGUACCUGGUCCCUGGGGUUCUCGGUUCCCUGUGGUUGACGGGCCUUGUCCGCGGUGAACUGAAGGAGAUGUGGAUGUACACUGAAGACGGCACCCUGGACACGCGUGACAUUGUGGUUGAGCUGGAUGGCAACGGCAACGUGGUCAAGGAGAUCAAGAAGGACGGCGAAAAGAAUGAAGAAGUGGAGAAGAAGAAGAAGAAGAAGGCUGAGGACGAGAAGGCUUUGCGCGAGAAGGAUGCGGCUCAUAAGGAGAAUAUCGAGAAGACCGAGUACAGCCUCGUCUCGUUCUCUGUUACUGCUCCGCUUAGAAAGCCGAAGUCGCAAUGAGCUAGGGACAAAGACCCGGGCGGUUUAAGUAUCAGGGCGAAGAAGUGCAAGACUCCGACGGACGAUUUAUUUGGCGGCGUUGUGGUAUAGACUCGGACAUGGUCAGCGGG